AUGGCGAAGGGUCCAACAUCGUCAAUAGAGCCGGACGGCAUCCCCGUGACUGUCGAUGCGGCGAUUGCGAAAAACAGAGGGUGGCUGAAAUGGCUUUCAAACCCGGGUAUUGUCAAGCUGAAUUGCAUCCUUGUCUUAUCAUUGGUGUCAAGUUACGCGACCGGUUAUGAUGGAUCGAUGAUGAAUGGACUGCAGUCCUUGGACACCUGGCAGCAAUCUUUCAACAACCCUGAUGCCCAACAAUUAGGACUAUUAAAUGCGAUCCAAAAUGUCGGACAACUGGUGGCCCUUCCCUUCUGCGCUUGGUUCUGCGAUCGCUUCGGCCGCAAGCCUGCCCUCCUCUUCAGUGCUUCCAUUCUCCUCAUUGGUGUGGCAUUGCAAGGCGCAUCGCAAAAUGUCGGCAUGUUUAUCGCAGGCCGUGGAGUUCUCGGAUUCGGCCUCGCGCUCAACAUCACAGCCGCACCUCUGAUGAUCAUGGAACUGGCAUACCCAUCCCAACGUGCCCCUCUCGUCAGUAUCUACAACUCUCUAUGGGGCCUCGGUGCCCUAUCGGCGGCGUGGAUCACCUUUGGCACCUUCAGAAUCGGCAACACAUGGGCAUGGCGCAUUCCUUCGAUCCUUCAGGGAGUGUCUAGCAUCGUUCAACUGGGUCUGUGCUUCUUCAUCGAAGAGUCACCAAGAUGGCUGAUUUCGAAGGAACGAGAUGCUGAGGCAGAGGCUUUGAUUUUCAAGUAUCAUGCGAAUGGAGACGCAACAGAUCUGGUUGUUCCGUUGGAGAUGGAGGAAAUCAGGAUGGCCUUGCGACUCGAAGCUGAGGCCUCGCGAUCCACAUCGUACAUGUCUUUUUUCCAGACUCCCGGAAAUCGUCGGCGCUUCUUCAUCAUCCUGGCAGUUGGGUUCUUCUCUCAAUGGUCUGGUAACGGUCUCAUUUCGUACUAUCUCAGUCUAAUCCUCAACUCCAUCGGAUAUACCUCCCAAGAUACCCAGACUCUCAUCAACGCAUUAAUGACUCUUUGGGGCAUGACCUGGGGUCUCAUCGCGUCAUUCCUUGUCAACCGCUUCCGCCGUCGCACAAUGUUCCUCGCCUCGACUCUAGGCGCUUUGGCUUGCUACGUUACAUGGACAGCUCUGCAGGCCACCUACGAACAACAAACCGACCUUACCGGCAGUGGGUCACCAGGCCUCGCCAAGGGCGUCUUGGCCAUGAUCUUCUUGUACAACGUCGUGUUCAACAUGGGCUGGGGCGCUUUGCAGGUAACCUAUGUCGUCGAGAUUCUGCCCUUCAAUCUCCGAGCAAAGGGCCUGGUUCUUUACAACCUGUUCGUUGCCUUGGCCCUCAUCUUUAACCAGUACGCCAACCCAGUGGGUGUCACGAACUCGAAGUGGAAGUACUACAUCACUUACGAUGUCUGGCUGGCGUUCGAGGCCGUGGUGGUGUACUUCCUGUUCGUCGAGACGGGCAAGAUGAGCUUGGAGGAGACGGCCGUCAUCUUGGAUGGCAAUAAGGAUAGGUUAACGGAUGAGGUCGCCCGUAAGACGGAGAAGCUUGUGAUCGAAGCUCACGAGAACGUCGCGGAGCAUGAUGCUCGAAGUGAGAUUAAGGCUUGA